AUGGAUUAUACAGUUAGGGAUCUAUCUAAGAAUACCAUGUGUCAUUUAAUCUUUACUAAAGUCACUCCGGCAAAGUUUCCACCUAUUAUAAUGGAAUCAUUGAGGGUUCGACCUGAUUCUUAUAAGUCAUUAAGAAUUCAUGGUAUUAGUAUACGUCGUAAUAUCAACAUGAGAAAUACUGGAACUUGGUAA